AUCACGUCAAUCGAAAUAAUAAUUAUCACCUCCAUAUUAUAGAGUAGAUUAAAUAUUCACAUUCAUGAAGAGAAGAUAUGUUUAUAUGAACAUUUGUUUAACAAUAACAGCUCUCCUUCUGCCUUGCCCAUUUCUGAAAUUUGGACAAUACACUGAGGGGCGAUAUGUCAGUGUAGCUGAAAAUAAAACCAUAGUUCCUGAGUUUUCAGAUAUAGUACCAAACUUCAAAGAACUAGAAAACUAUCUGAAGGUUUUCACGAAGAAUUAUUCUUAUUUUGCAACGCUAUAUGAAAUCGGCAGAACUGAAUCGAUAGAUAGUCAAGAAUCAUAUCCCAUUUAUGAUCUUGUUUUGACAUCUGGAUAUUCUAAGCCUAUUAUUGUCUUCAUUGGAGGAAUUUACGCCUCUGACCUAGCCUGUCCUCAAGCCCUGGUCCAGUGUUUCACCAAGUGGACAACCAACACCAAGAUCCUGGCUCAGUUGCUGCCACUUUACGACUACCAUUUCCUGCCGCUCGUCAAUCCGGAAGGAUACGAAUUUGUAUAUCAAAAGAGGCAGAAGGGCGAGGCCUUCCGGUGGCUCAAGAACAUGAGAGGAUUCAGACGAGGACACGCCGUGAAUAUAUUAAACAACUUUGAUAGUCACUUCGACGCUUUUCCGAGACAGACAAAUGACGAGCAUUAUGGCGGAGAUGAACCCUUCUCGGAAACUGAAUCGGCGAUUAUCAGGGAGUACUUUGAGGAAAUUGGAAACAAUACCGCAGCCGUAUUCUUGCUCUUCUCCACGCCGAAGGAUGACGCUAUAACAUAUCCAUAUGCUCACACUAUGGAGAAACAUGAUUCAUGGAUAUUGCAGGAACAGUUAGCCAUGCAUGCGAUAAAGGCUGCUAAAAAUAUUUCGUAUAAUUCGUUGUCAGUAGUUUCCACUGCUGAAUAUGGUGGUUUAGAGGGAGGUAGAAUGGAUGACUGGCUCUUGGAAACUCUGCAAAAAAGCAUCAUCCUCAACAUUCAACUAACUUUUUCGCUGAAAGCAACUGACAAUAGAGACACACUUAAGAGCUUGAAUACAAAGCUUCAGAACCUGCUCAAGGGACUUGUGGUGGGUUCAUAUCGUGAUAAAUAUUUGAGAUAUCAAGCACGUUCAACUGGCUUUCACGAGGAGAUCUACAAGUUUCCCUGGAAGAAGAUCGUUAGUUGAUUUGAUCGAGAACGAAAGUAGUUAUGUGCCAAUUUUUUGGAAUUUUGUUAAUACUUGUUAAUCGAAUUGCAAUUGUUGUUGAUUAGAGCAAUGAUUUU